UUCCUCGAAUCAGUUUAAUCCUAACUUGGCAUAUUACGGAGAAAGAAACGUAGAGAUGGAACCGAAGAUAGUAACUAGCAAAGAACUUAAUCAGCCUAAUCUGGCUUUCAUGGGACAGAAAGGUGGUUUCAGGGGAGGACGUAACUAUGGCAGAGGUCGUUCCUUCGACAAUCGAGGUUGUGGUUAUGGUUAUCAAGGAAGAAGUCAGAAUUAUAGACCAUUUAGUCUGAACCAGGAUCAGGAGGUUCAGCGUUUUAAACCACAGACUAACACCUAUAGUGUAGGCCCUGGUUUUUUACCACAUGCUGAUUCAUCACAGAGGUAUCAAGAGACUAAGUCUUAUCCCACUCAAAACUCAGCAACUUAUAAGAAUUUGCAGGUUGUGAAAGCGACAGAUGGAGUUCGCGUAGCAUGUCAAAUCUGCAAACGACCAGGGCAUGAUGCACUUCGAUGCUGGUAUCGGUUCGACAACUCUUAUCAAGAUGAAGCUAUUCCUCAAGCUCUAGCAGCAAUGCAUCUUGAGGAUCCUACAGGCAGUGAAUGGUAUCCUGACACAGGAGCCACAACCCACAUCACUGCCAAUCCUGGACAAUCGCACCAACACCACAGUGACGCUUGGGAGAAAAGUUGGGGGGCUCUACCGAGUGGAUCAGCAGGAAACUAAGGCUCUACUUACACAGAGACAUAAGGCGGUCGAAGAAGAAAUAUGGCAUCAACGACUUGCUCAUAGCAAC